AAGAAAACUAAUUAAUUUUAGGUUACAGUGAAUUAUUGGAGAGGUAUAUAAGCGUGAGUGCUAAACAAGGUAAACCUUGGUUGGGUUUUUGCCAUAUUUGAAUUAUAUAUUAUUCAUUAAAUAAACUUUCCCUCCUAUUUUCUAUUUUGAGCUGCACUCUACUCUGCCUCACUCUCUUUCUUUAUCUCUCACUCUGUUUCUCUUUCAGACAUUUGAUUCUUACUAAUUCGAAAAUUCUAAUCUUUCCUUUCCGGGAAAAUCUCAGAAACGAAGAGGAUCAAACGAUCGUAAAACGAGAAUCCCACGAAACGAAACCGCUAGAAACUAAACAAAACUCUAUCUCUCCACCUCUGGCUAAUUGCUUAUCACAAGCUUACUAAAGCAGAAAUUGCCAAAUCAAACUUGGUUUCUGAAGAUCGUGUAGAUUAAAGUUUCGGUCUUUACCAUCUAGGAAAAGUCUCGUUAGAUCUGAGAAGCGAAUUGCCCAUCUCGAAAGUUUUAAGCUUUACGUUUACGUUUGCAACUGGGUUAACCGGCUGGUUACGGGUAAUAUUGUUGGUUUCCACGGCGGCUAGGAGCUCCGGGGCUGUUGUUUAUAGAUGAUGAACGGUGAGGAUCGAGGAGGGUGGUGUCGUUCUGGUGAUUGUUUCACAUUGAAUGGCAGAUCUUGUGUCCUGCAGUAAUGCCGCUGACCACAACCUUGAACAAGAAAGAUAUUCGGGGAUUGUCUUUCAGGGAUUGGGUUUAGGAAGCAAGUUCCCAUUAUUCAACCGCUACCAACAACCAAGUUUGACACGAUUCAUUCAGCUGAAGUGUGUUGGACAAGGAUCAGGUAGUCCACAACCGCCUCUGCUCCUACCAUACUCCGUUCGAGGCUACAAUAUGGGAGAGGCGAGAAACAUUCUCGAGCUAUCUUCUUCUCAAUCAGCGCCAACUACGAGGUCUGAAGGGACAGAUGUGUCCUUUCUGAUGGACCCUCCUCCUCAUCUUUCUACUCGUCUUUGUCAUAUCCUUCGAAGACUGCUAGGAUUACGGAUGAGGCGCUUGCUGUGUACUGCUGCCUUGUUCGGCUCUGUGGCUGUGGUGAAGGCCCGUUUGAGUCCAGAGAGCAGCACCGACAACAGAGUUGAUGUUCUGCUUUCAGUUAUGGGGGAUUUUGGCUACAGCCACUUACUUUCUCAGAACUGGAACGGGAGUGAACCUUGUGAGUGGUAUGGGAUACACUGCAUGGACGGUCAAAUCAGGGGUAUCACUCUGUCGUUCAUGAACUUGACAGGCAGUAUCUCCAAACGGUUUGCAGAUCUUACAUCUCUAUAUUCGCUGGAUCUUUCCUAUAACAAGCUUACUGGUACCAUCCCAUUAGAGCUCACCAGGAUGAAGCUGAUUAGGAGUUUGGAUCUUUCCUACAACCAGCUACACGGGAAAGUUCCACAUUUCAAGACACUAAUUCCAGACACUUCAGGGAACCCAGAGAUUCUGAGCGAUGCUCCUUCACGGGGAGGUAACCAUAUCCUCGCCUGGGUACUUCCUGUUGGUAUUGGGUCUAUUGGUAUUCUGAUCGGAGCAGGCAUCUGUUUCUUUCGGGCUUGGAAGAGGAACCGAUCUGGUAGAGCCAGUCAGCCAGCAGAGAACGAGAUGGUGCCACAGUCUCAGCAGAACGAGAUUUUGGAGUCUGGGAACAAUGCUUUUUCACUGGAAAUUCUUCGGGAAGCUACGCAAGACUUCAGCUUUUCAGUCGGGAAAGGGGGGUUGGAUCUGUAUAUCAGGGAAAGUUGAAAGAUGGAAGAGAGAUUGCGGUUAAGAAGAUUGACGUUGCUGAUGGUAAAGGCUACGGUUUGUUUGACGCUGAGCUAAGUGUUUUAUCGAGAGUUCGCCACAGAAACAUUGUGAGCCUUCAUGGGUACUGCAUCGAGGGAGACGAGAGACUGUUAGUCUAUGAGCUGAUGGCACAUGGUGCGUUGAGUAAGCAUCUCCGGAAGGAAGGCAAAGCGGAACGAUUAGAUUGGAGUCGUCGCCUUGUUAUUGCAUUGGAUGUGGCUAGAGGAUUGGAGUAUCUCCAUACUCUAGCUAGUCAAAGUCAAAUAUACAUCCACCCAGACGUGAAAUCCUCAAAUGUCCUUUUGGGAGAAGAUUUACGAGCAAAGAUUGGAGACUUUGGUUUUGCCUGGGCUACAACAGAAGACAGAGAACCCAUAGAUACCAAGUGUGUUGGAACUCCAGGUUACACGGCACCGGAAUACUUUGGUAUGUCUUUCUUAUUUCCAUCGUAAAUAUCUAUAACCCUAUAUAUAUAUAUAUAUAUACUAGGGUCGGCCCGCCCUACGAGCGAAAUAUAAUUUACUUGUGAUUUAGAUUAUUAUUUUUUGUAUAAUUUUGUGGUUUGUGUUUUAGGUUUGUAUUUCAAAGAGAUAUGUAUGAUACACUACAAAAAAUUAUAUUUUAUCACAUAAAUAUAAUCAGAAAAAAAAUGAUAUAUUAAUCUUUGUUAAGCAAAUGAAAAUCAAUUAAAAGAUAUAUUGUAUUUUCAUAUACAUGUAAAAAAUUGCAGUUUAUUCUAAAAUUUAAACAAUUUUAAUUUUUACUAUUGUUUCUGUUGGUCUUAUUAGAAAUUGAAGGUUUGAUAAAUUAAUUAAAAAAAUAUAUAUUUUUUUCAUUAAUGAAAUUAUUUUACAUUUUUAGUGUUUGCUAUAUUUUUAUUAUAAAAGCAAGUGAAAUAAAAAUACUUGUCACUGCAGUUGAAACACAAUACAUAAAUUAUGAAUUAUUUUUCAUUCUUAUAUAUUUGUUUUUGAAUGUGUUGGUACUUUUUAUAUAUUUUUAAACCUAUUGAUUUAGAUAAUGUGAAAAAUGAAUCAAUUUACAAUUUGUU